CCCUAUGUUGUUUCAGUGGAUAAUCCUUCUGAAGGACUGAAAGUUCGAAGCAAACUAUUGAGGAAAACUAGUUUAAGUGACGACUUUUGGAGCGCUCGUACUAGUGCAUGUGAGAUGGAGGGAAGCAAUUCAGAAUUUGUUAAUCAUGGUCUACUUCUCUGGAAUCAAACGAGGCAACAAUGGUGUGGAAAUAAAACACCGCAGAAGAAUGCUUCAGUUGGAGAACCCAAAUUAAGUUUAUAUACAAGCUAUGAAAUGUUCCUAGAGACCAAUAAGCUUUUUCCUCAACCAAUUCCUUUACCGGAAAUGGUAGACUUUCUUGUUGAUGUGUGGGAGCAGGAGGGGCUUUAUGAUAAAGCAACCACAUAA